AUGGCUCGGACGCUGGAUCACCAGUAUCCAGAAUCAAACGUUCGCGCUUUACCUGUACCUUCCAGGCCUCCUGGUCCUCCCAGUACCCCUCCCCCUAGUCCCCCACCACCUUCACCCUCACCCUCCCCUUCCCCUACCGCUGACAACCCUCAUAGAACGACUGUCGAAUCCGACUGUGACUAUCACGCUGACUACUACUCUGACUCUGACAACGACUCCGACGUCGUAGUUCUCGACUCUCAACCAGCAGACUGGCCCAUGGGGCGAGUCGCACAGCGGUCGAUGAGUCGGCGUACAAUAGUAGCGACACGUUCUAUGACGCGACUAUACCUCCGGUCGGCAGCGCCGUCGCCCGAGCCGUCGCCUGAACCCAUGCAGAUCGUAUCACCAACGCCUGAGCCAGAGCCGAUGGAGACGGAAAUGAUAGUAAUAUCCAAUCCUCCAUCUCCAUCUCAAGAGCCAGAUAUGAUGGUAAUAUCAGCUCUGCCGUCUCCAUGGCCAGAUUUAAUGGAAAUGGAGCCGGCAUCGCCACCAAAUCCAUACCUACAGCCACAAGAGCAGGCGGAAGAGGAAGAGCAACUACAAUGGCGACGAGAAUCCUCACCCCCAGGACCUCACGGCCCACCGUCACAAAAGCGGCAGCAGCGCGAACCCUCACCACCGCUCCUAACACCAAUGGACAUAUCCACGCCCUCGCCCCCUCUAACGCCGCGCCCACCUCGUCUAUCUCUCAUCUACGACCCCGUCCACCAAAACCCUCAACCCGCACCACGCACCCGAUCCCUGCCCUUGCACGCCAUACAAAUCGUCCCCCAAUCCUGCCUCACUAGCCUGCCAACUCCAAAACUAAGUUCUUGGCCUAGGGGUAGGGAUAAAAGUAAAGUGUCCACAAUGGCGCACUUCGUAGCUCCGCCUGCGAUCCCGGCUGUCGAUAAGGUGAAGCCUGAGAGCGCGCAUAUGCGGGGUUGGACGACGGCGGAUUGGAUCACGGAGCAGGCGCGUGGGAAGGUGGAUUUAGGGGGGUAUAGGGUUUGUUCUGGGGUGAGUGUCGUAGCGAAAUAA